AUGGCGCCCUCAGCCACGACUACAUCACCCGUCCCCGGCCCUGCAGAGCCUCUGGCGACCAAGCUCGUCACGCGACCCGUCAAGGAAGAUGGUUCCGCACUGUAUCCUGAGUUCAUGCCCUUCUAUGACCCUCUGGAGAAGGUAGAAGACAUCGGGUCUUUCGAGCACUUUGACCCCGGCCACCGCGCUGACCCAAAGCUCCCCAAUCUUCUCUCGACAGCAACCAAGGUCAUUGACCUCUCGCCCCAUGUCGGCACCGAGAUCGAGGGGGUCCAGCUGUCGCAGCUAUCGACUGAAGGACUGGAUGAACUCGCGCUUCUCGCUGCCAAGCGUGGUGCCUUAGUCUUUCGCAAUCAGGACUUCCGCGACAUCGGCUUCGAACGCCAGAAACAAAUCGUGCGCCACUUCGGUCCACUGCACAUCCAUGGAUGGGCGCCACACCCUGCUGCUGGCUCUGAGGAGCAUAUGAUUAUCUAUGAUCACAAGGAAGAUCUGCGUGUGCGCAAGUCUUGGAGGGGUCGCAGCCCCGUACAAUGGCACACCGACCAGUCCCCCGAGCCUCAGCCCCCUGGUACCACCUUCAUCUGCAUGCUCGAGUCACCCUCUGCCGCUGGUGGUGACACACUUGUGAGCUCUAGCGUUCAAGCUUUCAAGGCCCUGUCACCGAAGUUCAGGAAGAGGCUGGAGGGAUUGACUGCUAUCCACUCCAAUAACGAUGGUGUCACCCAGGAGCUGAAGAACGGCCAAAACGCAGUCAUGAGGAGACAGCAACUGGUUCAAGAACACCCUGUCGUCAUCGUUCAUCCCGUUACCAGAGAGAAGGCCCUAUAUGUCAAUCCCGUCUACACGAAGAAGAUCGUUGGGUUCGAUCAAGAGGAAUCUGACUACCUCCUGAACUUUUUGUUCGAUCACAUCGCUAAGAGACAGGAUUUCCAGUGCCGUGUCCGCUAUGAGGCUGGUACCGUUCUCAUCUGGGAUCAGCGUGUCACGAACCACUCUCAGACCCUUGAUUACCCUGCUGGUGAGCGCAGGCAUGCUUUCCGUCUGACUCCAUUGGCAAAUAAGCCUAUCCCAGCAAAGGUUGAGGAGGACGAUGGUGAAUGUGAGAAAGACUUCGGGCGGGUAUCUCUUGGACUCUGCUAG